CCUGGGUACUACAUAUCGAUCAGAGUGAGCAGUGAGCAGCAUGGCUGCAGCAUUCAACGCGAAAAUAUCAUUUCGUGGUCGCUGUACUUGGUUACAAGCUUGGAAGCUGAAGGGGAAAUGUUCUUUUGCUUAUUCACAGCUUCGUGUAGGCAUCAGCUCUAGAUCAUUUGGCGAUUUCAGCAAAAAAAAUGACAUCGAUGAUUGUUCAGAAAACCAGAAUAAAAUCAGAAAUCAAAGACUUCUUAAAGUGGCUAUAAUUGGGGAACCAAACAGCGGAAAAUCAACUCUUAUCAAUUCUCUUGUCGGUGAAAAAGUCUUUGCCGUCACGAAKAGACCKCAUACCACGAGACAGGGAAGCCAAGCAGCAUUUUCAAUUGAUAGUGCCCAGGUUGUACUAWUAGACACACCAGGUUUGGUCACUCAUUCAGAAGGAAGACGUCUCAARAUGUCACGUGAACACAUAACUGCRCCUGAGYAUGCCUUGCAACUAGCCGACGUCAUAUGUGUAGUUAGCGACAGCUCUGACAAGCGUAUACGGAACAGACUCCAUGCGGUAGUGAUAGAAGCCUUAGAUAGACAUAGAGACAUCCCAUCACUGUUAGUCUUGAAUAAGAUUGACAGAUUAACGCAUAAGACAAAUCUUCUGGGUUUAGCAGCAAUACUGUCUGARGACCGAUUGAAGGAUUCGUGGGGAUAUCAACAAACUGGAGGGUGGGGCAACUUUGAGCGUACCUUUAUGGUAUCAGCAAAAGAAGGYGAUGGCACAGAGGAUAUCAAGAAAUAUUUGGCACUUAAAGCUAAACCAGGAGAGUGGAUGAUCCCCCCUGAUUCAAUCUGUGAUCUUUCACUAGAACAAAGGAUUGCUGAGGUGUUCAGGGAGAAGUUAUUAGAAAUAUAUGAACAUGAAAUACCUUUUCAAAUCAAGCAGGUGAAUGUGAUCUGUGAGAUGAGGCCUCAAGAAAUUCUACGAGUUCAUCAAAAGCUGUACUGCCGUAAGAACAGCCAAAGACGGUGCGUCAUUGAAAAGUUUGGCAUUUUAAAAGAUGAAGUUUCUAGUGAAUUGAAGGAGAUUUUUGGAUGUGAGCUUGAUCUUACUAUUGAUGUUGGUGUGUCUGAAAAGCUGGGUCGUCAAACACCAUUGCCGUCAUAUUGAAAACAAUUACCAAAUACAUUGAAACCAUUCGCAAACCCUUGCAACCAACCCUGCUAUGUAAGCCUCYAUAUAUGUUCAAUGUUCUUACCUUGGUAGUUGUAUUAUUGAUGUACCUCUGUACAAUAAAUUGUCAUWUUAGCUUUAAAAUGAUUAGCUUCUUUAGGUCCAAAAGAUUUUAAAGGGACACUGUCAAUGGCACACAUACGCGAGUAAACUUGAAAAGAUCAGGCUAAUGUUUUCAGGUUUGCAACUCCAAGUUGGCGCGACGCAUGACAAAAAAAGUACUCGUAAAUUUAAACAGAUCUAGAAUAUUCCAAAGUGUGUCAAAACAUUGAUUUACCUCGAAGGUAAUACUUUCAAAGUCCGUUAGAGGCAAGACUGUUACUGGGCAUGUCAACCAUUGACAGUGUCCCUUUAAAGCAUAUGGGAUAUUGUGCAAGUUUUCAUGGAUCUUGAUUAAAAAUGCUUCCCUAAGUUUGUAGCCUUUACAGGUGAGGCAGCUCAUUGUGUAUUGCUUCAUACAAUACUGAGAUUGUUAGUAAUCUGAAACAGAAAAUAAAGGGACCAUUCACUGCUA